UUGGCAACUUACAUUAAUAUAAACCUACAAGUUCACAGAUCCGUGAGAUUACUGUAUCAUGGCGCAAGGAGCAGGAUCUUCUUCCGUCACCCACCGAUGGAGUUAUGAUGUGUUUUUAAGCUUUCGGGGAGAAGAUACUCGCCUGACUUUCGUCGGUCAUCUCUAUGAGGCUCUUCGUCAAAGAGGGAUUCGGACCUUCAUUGAUGAUGAAUCCCUUGAUGCAGGCAAAGAAAUCCGACCGUCUCUUUUUGAAGCCAUCAAGGAAUCCAGGAUAGCCAUCAUAAUUUUCUCCCAAAACUAUGCAACCUCAACCUUCUGUCUGGAUGAACUUGUCCAGAUUAUUGAGUGUUUCAAAGAAGAAAGUCGGCUGGUAUAUUCAGUGUUUUAUCAUGUGAAUCCAUCGGAUGUGCGACGUCAGAGAGGGAAUUACGGACAAGCUUUGGCUGAUCUACAAAACAGAUUGGAAGGAAACGAUGAGAAGUUGCAGAAGUGGAGGUGGGCUUUGUCCCAAGCAGCUGACUUGUCAGGCUGGCAUUUUCAACCUGGAAUUACAAAAGAACGGGAGCAUAUUAAGACGAUUACUCGCAAAGUCUCUGCCGAGAUUAAUCACACUCAUUUAAAUGUUACCAAUUAUCCAGUUGGUCUUGGGUUACGAGUGCAAGAAGUAAUCUCACUUUUAAAUCUUUGGUCCAAUGAAGAAGCGGAGAUGGUUGGAAUUUGUGGCGUUGGUGGAAUAGGUAAAUCAACAAUUGCAAGGGCUGUGUAUAAUUCAGUUGCUGAUAGUUUUGAUGGUUUAUGUUUUCUUUCUAAUGUUAGAGAAAUUUCUUACAAGCAUGGCUUGUCACAUCUUCAAGAGACAUUACUUUGUGAAUUGGUGGGAGAGAAGGAACUCAAAUUGGGUAAUUUCUAUAAAGGAAUUUCAAUAAUAAAGAAUAGGCUCCAAAACAAGAAGAUUCUUUUAAUUCUUGAUGAUGUUGACAAAGUGGAGCAAUUACGAGCAUUAGCUGGAAGCUGUGAAUGGUUUGGCCUGGGAAGUAGAAUCAUUAUCACGACAAGGGAUAAACAGUUGCUAGCAAGUCGGGGAAUCCAAAGAAUUUAUGAUGUCAAGGGGUUAAGUGCUGAUGAAUCUCUUCAGUUAAUUAAAAGGCAUGGCUUUAAAGGGCUGACGGGGGAUUUAGAUCAUUACAAGGAUGUUCUGAAUCGUGCCAUAAAAUAUUCAUGUGGCCUUCCAUUAGCCUUGGAAAUUAUUGGCUCUAACUUGUGUGAUAAAAGAGUUGAUGAAUGGACUUCUGCAUUAGAUGAAUAUGAAAGAAUACCUGAUGAAGACGUUUUUAAAGUCCUUAAAUUAAGCUAUGAUGCUUUAAGCAGAGAACAGCAUAAGGAAAUUUUUCUUGACUUGGCCUGUUUCUUUAAUGGUGAGAAGUUGGGAGAUGUCGUAAAUAUGAUGAUGAGUUUUCGUGGUGUUGAACCAACACAUGCCAUUAAUGUGUUGACGGAUAAAUCUCUAAUAAAGAUUAAAGAAGAUCGUGUGAUAAUGCAUGACUUGAUUGAAGAUAUGGGUAAAGAAAUUGUUCGGCAACAAUCACGAAAAGAGCCUGGGAAACGCAACAGGUUAUGGUGUUAUGAAGACAUUCUUGAUGUCUUACAAAAUAACACGGGCACUGAUGAAAUUGAAGUCAUAAUUCUUGACUUACCGAAAGAUAAAGAAAUCCAAUGGAAUGGCAAGGCAUUCAAGAAGAUGAAGAAGCUCAAAGUGCUUGUCAUAAAGAAUGCAAGCUUUUCUGAAGGCAUCAAAUAUCUCCCAAAUAGUCUGUGUGUGUUGGAAUGGAAGGGGUACCCUUUUAAGUAUUUGCCAUCUAAUUUUCAUCCAACAAAAGUCGUCCAUCUUGAUUUGUCCAAUAGUUGUGUAGUGCCUCAACUUUUUGAUAAGAAAUUACAGAGUUUAAGUCGCGUGAAUAUUAGCAACUGUAAAGUCUUGAGCGAAAUACAAGACUUGUCAGAAGUCCCUAAUUUAACAGAAUUGCGGCUUGAUGGUUGUAUAAACUUAACUAAAAUCCAUGAUUCCCUUGGAUUCUUGGGUAAACUCAAAAGAUUGAGUGCUAUGCGAUGCAAAAACUUGAAGACUUUACCCCCUCGUAUUAAGCUAACAUCCCUUGAACAUCUAAAUCUCUUUGGCUGCUCGAGCCUUAAAAGUUUUCCUGAGAUAUCAGACAAGAUGGAGAAGUUGAAGACACUUGAUUUGGAGAGUACGGCCAUUGAGAGUUUGCCAUCUUCAAUUUGCAACCUCGUUGGACUUGAAAGCUUAAACAUGGAAGCGUGUCCUGAUCUUAAGCAAUUACCAGCUAAAAAUUAA